AACAAUUUUAUAUGCUACUAACGAAAGAGAAAAGGAGGGGGAAAUGAAAAACGAAGGGGGAGUAACAUGACCGGAACUAAGCAAACGCGACAUCCUGUUGCUGCUACACGUUUUUCUUCAUUGCUAACCACACUUAGCAUUGAAAUACCUACCUCUAAUAAUUAAAGCCUCAUACAUUUUUGUCAAUAAUUAUGCCCAAAGCCAAGAAGACGAGCCGGCGGAAGAAGUUCGAUUACAAGAAAGACCGCAAGAAACUUAAGAAGAAGUUUAUAAAGAAAGCCAACCCCAAGAUAGAAAAUAAACAGAUACGGGAGGCAUGGGAUCCAAGUAAGUCCACGACCAGGAAUCUGAUGGACAUGGGCCUGGCCUUCGAUCCAAACCGCAGUUUGCCCAUCAAGAAGCAGAGCCUCCUCAGAUUAAAAAAAGAGACGAAAGCUCCUGUCCACAUUGUGACCAAGCCCUACGUCCUCAACCAGCUUGAGGAGGAAGCCAACCUGCCAGGGAAGGCCAGCAAAACGCUGUCGUCCGACUUGAUCGAGUACGUCCAACACAUGAUCCGAGAACACAAAGACAACUACAAGGCGAUGGCCCGUGACGAGAAGAACUACUACCAGGACACGCCCAAGCAGAUUAAGAGGAAAAUCAACGAGUAUAAGCGCUGCCAUGCGCAGCACUACGACGCCUUCGUCGCCUCGCUCACAGGCCCGAUGUCCCACUGAAACCUUGACGCCUGGGGUGCUUUCAAGUAAGAGUGUUCCUAGAGGAUGUUCUAAUAUACUCUGAAGUCUGUUCUUCACAAGGCGACAAUAGUGUCCACCGACUUACUUUUUUUCACAGUUGACCCCGUUUGUGUUGACUUGGAAACGAAAGAUAAGGUGUUAAGGUGUCUUGGACUUAGGGAUUUAUUUCCUUUUAUUAACGAAAAAGAAGGCUGUUUUUUUUUUUCUUCUUAUA